AACGGCCCAGACUGCCAGCUUCGGCUAGCAAACCCGCUCCGCACGAGUCGGCUGGGCCAGACAAUCACCGCAGAGGAAAAAAAAAAAAAAAAAAAAAAAAAGCCUGUCUCACGAGGGCCGGCGGUUCCCUGCCCGGUAAGCGGCAAAGGACCAAUUCCAGAGGGAAGUUGAAGCUGCCGAGGCCUGUUUUCUUUCUUUCUUAUUUCCCCAAGGUGGAAUUAUGGUCAGGUGUGGAUCGGAGAAAAUGUCGGGUGGAGAUGCUCUGUCUGUCGUCGGCUUAUAGAAAAAGAUCGUCUGCCCUCAGAGUUUGCGUGGUCUCGGAUCCCUUUCCCCUUACGCCUCUUCUUACUCGCCUGCUUUGUUAUACUCAUCUGGCUUGCCUGCCCAAGGAGCGCAACACAAGACAACAAGCGUCAAGAUGGACAAGAAGGAAGACAUGACCAUCCACGACGACCUGGGCGAGAAGCCCGAGGUCGUCGGCAGGACCAAGGAGAUGAACACCACCUCGGCCGCCCUGGCUGCUGCCAUUGCUGCCGAGCCGCCACGGCUCCUCUCGGCCGGUAUGAUCAAGUUGUAUGCCAUCAUGUCGGUUGGCUACUUGGUCUCGACCAUGAACGGUUUUGACGGUAGUUUGAUGGGUGCCAUCAACGACAUGACGACCUACCAACAAACCUUUGGCCUCAGCUCCGCUGGCUCUUCGGCCGGCAUUGUCUUUAUCGUAUACAACCUCGGCCAAAUCGCCGCUUUCCCCUUUUGCCCCUUUCUCGCCGACGGCUACGGACGCCGCUGGUGCAUCUUUAUCGGCUGCGUCAUCGUCCUCGUCGGCACGGCCAUCCAGGGCGCGUCGCACACGCAGAGCAUGUUCAUCGGCGGGCGCUUCGUGCUGGGCCUGGGGGCGUCGAUCGCGUCGGCGGCGGCGCCCGCGUACACGGUGGAGCUCGCGCACCCGGCGUACCGAGGGUUCAUGGCGGGCAUGUACAACAACUUUUGGUGGAUCGGCAACAUCCUGGCCGGGUGGACUACGUACGGCACCAACCUCAACUUUGACAACGCGUGGGCCUGGCGCAUCCCCACCAUCCUGCAGUGCGCGCUGCCGGCCGUGGUCAUGGUCAUGAUCCUCUUCUUCCCCGAGUCGCCGCGUUGGCUGAUCGCCCAGGACCGCGCCGAGGAGGCCCUGGCCAUCUUUGCAAAGUACCACGGCGACGGCAACCCCGACAGCGCCAUCGUGCAGCUGCAGUACCGCGAGAUUGUCGAGGAGCGGGAGGCCAUGAGGGACGACAACCCCUGGUGGGAUUUCCGGGAGCUGGUCAACACGCGCUCUGCUCGGUACCGUCUUUCCAUGGUUGUCAUGAUGGCUUUCUUUGGACAGUGGUCUGGCAACAAUGUCGUUUCCUACUUUAUGCCUGCCAUGGUCAAGGAGGCCGGCAUCACCGACGGCAACACCCGCCUGCUCCUCAACGCCAUCAACCCGCUCUUUGGCCUCCUCGCCUCCAUCUUUGGCGCCUACAUGCUGGACCGCGUGGGCCGGCGCUUCAUGAUGCUGGCGGGCCUGAGCGGCGCCCUCUUCUUCUACGUGCUGCUGACGGCCUUCACGGCCGAGGUCAAGAACAACCCGAACCUGUCGUACGGCGUCAUCGUGUCCAUCUACCUCUUUGGCAUCUUCUUCGCGGCCGGCUUCACGCCGCUCCAGACGCUCUACUCGAUGGAGUGCCUCACGAACCGCACGCGCGCCAAGGGCUCCGGCAUCAACUUCCUGUUCCUCAACAUCGCCAUGAUCGUCAACACGUACGGCAUCGCCGUCGGCAUGGAGGCCAUCCAGUGGAAGCUGUACAUUGUCUACAUUGGCUGGAUCGCCAUCGAGAUCGCCAUCAUCUACUUCUUCGCCGUCGAGACCGCCGGCAAGACCCUCGAGGAGCUCGGCGGCAUCUUUGAGGCCCCCAACCCGCGCAAGGCCAGCACGCAAAAGACCAGGAUCGAGGUCGACGAGGCUGGCAACAUCCUCAGCAUGUCGAGCGGGGACGGGAGGGUGCGCGACUCGGAGAGGGCGAUUUGAGAUGGGGCGAUGAGGCGUUUGGACGGGGGGUAGCUUUAAUGAAUUGGGUAUUUGGGCAGUCGUUUUUUUUUUGAGUAUUAGUACUGUGACUAACAAUGAGACUUUAUGCAUGAC